AUGCUCACGACUCCACCCGACUAUGCUUUUGACUUGCUUGUGAACCCAAUUGACCAGCGGGUGCUCCCUUUUUUCUAUCUUUUUAUUUUCUUUUCUUUUUCUUCAUUUAUCUCAUAA